AUGUUUACACACGGACAGCUCGUAAACGACAGGUACUUGAUUCUUGAAGAAAUUGGCAAAGGAAGCUAUGGCCACACUUAUUCGGUGUAAGAUACCAAUGUUCGAACGGGUUCAACAACAAAAGCAAUCAAAGUUUCUCCAAUGCUCGUGGGAGAACGACUUGAAAAUGAACCAAACUUCUACCAAGAAAUCGACUUUCUGAAGCAUUUAGCUGGAAUCAAUGGUGUCCCUGUGGUUCACAAACAUUUUCAAUACGAACAGAAAAGAGUUUUGGUGAUGGACAAAUACUUGGAGAAUCUUGAACAAUUCAGAAAGCGGAAAGAAGAUGAGAAGCUUUCCCCGAGAGUUGUCAUCAAAUUGGCUUUUCGCCUUGUCAGUAUCCUGGAGCAUAUUCAUCGCAAAGGGGUUGUUCAUCAAGACAUUAAAUUGGACAAUGUGGUGUUUGGUGCAAAGGUUGGGAACAAACUUGAUAUCGUCCUGAUUGACUACGGAAUUGCGGCAUUCACUAAACCAAAACCUCCACGAGAUCUUGUAGACGGAGCUUUGCAUUGUACUACCGAUUUUUCAAGUAGUGUAUACGCUUCACCUGGACUUGUACAAGGUCUAAAAGGCGACCCAGUUGAUGAUCUUCAGAUGUUGUCAUUUAUGCUUCUGUGGGCUUCCAAAUAUAAUCCAUUUGGCGAGGACUCACUUGAAUCUUUGAGAAAGAAGAAGGAGUUUAUUGCCAAACCAAGCAUCUUCACUCAAGGAGAUUACAAAUUCUUGCGACCAGUUAUUUCGAAAAUUAUGGAACAGAAGCGAAGCAAACGACCUGACUACAAAGCUAUCUCCAAGAAGUGUGCCAACAAAGACAACUAUUUCAAUCCAGAUACGGCAGUUCAUCUUGGAAAUGCAUACGAAUUUUUUUAAAUUAUUGAAGACGUCGCAACAAGGAUUGUUAUGCGUAUAACGCAAAAUCUCUUUCUGUGUAUCAUUUGAUUGUGUAUGUUGAUAUGCAUAUCCAAAUAUUUUUUUUUGAACUCUUUGGCUUCUUGUACUAAUUUAUCAUUAUUUUUACUCUCACCUUUGAUUUGUUCUGGCUAACAUCUGCAAUUUGAUUGUGUCGUUUUUGUUUAUCCCAUCACUAAUUUGUUUUUCACGACUAUUACAAUAAAUUGAACGAGUU